UUCCAACUGGAGCUGAUACUACAUGUUUUCGCUGAUCAAUGGGAGGAGGUGUUCCCUGGCUGGAUCCCAUGUUAAUGAAGUUAAUGGCGCAGCUCCGGUGACAGCCGACUCCUGCUGACCAAUCAGAACGCUCUCAGACGGAGGGCUGCGUGUUUGAGGCACUGCGCGCAGGAUCCGUUUGAAGAACCAUGUCAGCUUCUCUUCUGAUCUCAACCUGGGACACCUUUCGCUUUUCAUUCCCUUGAACCUUCCAAAACACCCGCCAAAAAAACAUGUCCGGCGUGACUUUGUCCUGCGCCGACAUUUACCUCGCAAACAGCGCGUUGGAUUUAAGCGUGGGAUUUCUUUUGUUUUCUUAUGCUUUCUGACAGAAACUCAUGAAUUCCUCCUCAGAGUGGCGGCUUUACGGACUUGCGCAUUAGCUAAACGAUGUCUAUGGGUUUUAUGCCAGACAGUGUGAACGGCUCUGAUCCCUCCAAGUCGGCCUUCCUGGAAUUCGGCCACGGACACCCGGCACACCAGCAGCACUCCCCGGGACUCUCACACAUCUACCCCGUGCAUGGCCUCCACGUCUCGGGACAUUCUCAGCACGACGGUCCCUUUCCUGGCAACGCGUCCUAUGGACCCCCACUGGGAUACCCCUACCCGGGCACGAUGAACGCUCACCCGUCAUCCGCUUACAUGUCUUCCUACCAGCACAGCACCAGCAGUCUGACCCACAGCAGAUUAGAGAGGACGGAGCUCAACAAAUCCGUGAUGAAUGAGAGCAGGGACGUCCGUCUGGUGAAUGGCAAGGGGAAAAAGAUGCGGAAGCCUCGCACCAUCUACUCCAGCUUGCAGCUCCAGGCUCUUCACCAGCGUUUCCAGCAGACCCAGUAUCUGGCCCUGCCGGAGCGCGCCGACCUGGCAGCUAAACUGGGGCUCACACAGACUCAGGUGAAAAUAUGGUUUCAGAACAAGCGCUCCAAGUAUAAAAAGAUCAUGAAGCACGGCGGAGGCUCAGAGGGGGAGCACCUCCACAGCUCCAGCUCCAUCUCCCCUUGCUCCCCUGUCAUACCCCAGCUCUGGGAGGUCUCCAUGGCAACCAAAGGAGCCCCGAUGCACCCGAACAAUUACAUGAACAGUUUUGGCCACUGGUACCCGAAUCACCACCACCAUCCGGACCAGGACGCCAUGCAGAGGCCGCAUCUGAUGUGAAUGGACAGCCCGUAUGAACCCACAGGGUCCUGGCAGCAGCAUGAACUGAUACUGAUAAGGAUGAAUGCUAUGGUUGCUUGUGUGCGUGCCUUUUCUUUUUUUUUUUUCUUUUUUUUUUUUUUUUUUGAUUUGCUGCAAAUUUUAAAAAAUAUGCACAAAAAAUGUUUUUUUAGGUGUCAUUGCAGUUUUUUUCUGAACAUGCUUCACAUCACCUGAAUUUGGACUCAGUGUUUGCAGCUGAACUAGACAGUCUGCAUAAAGGAACUUUUGAAAAUAUAA